GUCCCAGAGAGCCGGUGGGAGAUGUUUCCUGAUUAAUCAAUUGCAGAUCAAUCAUUGGAAGACUCGCAUAUUUGUGACAUCAGGCGCGUGGGCAUCUUUCUGUGGAUACUAUGUAACAGCUGCCAAAUCGUCUCCUAUAAUAACCGUCCUGGGGAUAAAGACACACUGAGACACAGCUGAUCCAAAGAGGUCAGGCAUCCCUCUGACCCUGAUCCUCUGCAGCAGGACAUGGAGGUCCUGAGGAGGUCUUCUGUGUUCGCCGCAGAGGUCCUGGACGUGUUUGACCGCUCGUUGACAGAGAAGGAGCUGGUGUCUCAGUCCAAAGCCCUGUGCAGGGACUACAUCUUGUCCAGGCUCAACCACAACGGCCUGGGAUGGUCUGAGUCUGAACUCAACCUCUCUCCCUCAAAUGCGGCGCUCACCGAGGUUUCUCUGGUCCUGCUCUGCCUUGGCGACGAGCUGGAGUGCAUACAGCCCUCUUUGUACAGGCACGUGGCGCGGCAGCUUAACAUCUCGGUUGCCAUGGAGAACAUGGUUUCGGAUGCCUUUAUCGGCGUGGCAACGGAGAUCUUCGCAACAGGUAUAACAUGGGGUAAGGUGGUAUCCAUGUAUGCAGUGGCUGGAGCUCUGGCAGUGGACUGUGUCAGACAAGGACGUGCGACCAACGUUCACAUCAUAGUGGACAGUCUGGGACAGUUUGUCCGCAAGUUCCUGGUUCAUUGGUUGAAGAGACGUGGAGGAUGGGUGGAGCUCACAAAAUGUGUAGUAAAGAAAGAACUCAUUCCUGAACAGCCGUGGUUGUCGUCUGUCGUUGAGUCCCUGAAGUACUUCCUCACCACGAUGUACGUCUACAUCAUGAAGGAGCCAUGAAGAGUCGAGACGGAGCGCACAGCAGCCACGGCGUGAUUGGUUGAUUUAGAGAGUGAGAUCUCAGACUUAUCAACAAAAAGAUGGUCACUGUGCUCGAUGGGGACUCGGCCCGCCCGCAGAUAUCGGUCUGUUGCUGAAGGACCACCAGCAAAUGUUUCAUCAGCAUCAUGUU